AUGACGCUCCUAGAAUGCCUCCUGAAGAAGGUUCACUACGACCAGUCGCACCCACACCAUUCGAAGGUGCUCUCUCCGCCGCCUGAGAUGACGAAGAUUGAAGCCGCUUGCAGGAAGGCUAAGCUUAAAAAUAAGUAUGCGUCAGUUAAACCCAGGGUGGACAACUCCGCCCCUCGCUACUAUUUCACGGGCCACGUGUCUCUGACGCGGCAGUGGCUGCGCUGGGGUCAGCUGAUGGAGGAGAAUCUGAGGAUCUUGGCCGCCAUACGGAGGGCUGGCGCGGAGGGUAAAGUGGACAGUCACUGGCGCCACCCGCUGCCUCGAGUGAUGCAAUACUACAAGACAAGGUGCGACUUUGUCAAACAAAACGAAGUUAACAAGAGAAAACUGUACAAGUUGCUGUCUGGAACUAAAUGCCGCGUACAGCCCACACGUGCCCACAACGAGGAUUGGAAGCGGAACCGGCGGGAAAUUAUAAGAAAAUCACAAAACAAGUUCAUUUUAUUUCCUGAAAAUCCAAGAGAAACUUUUGAGGACCCCUCAUUCAGACCUUCGGAGGGAUUCAGGAGACCUAGGUAAGG